AAGUCUUCUCUGUACCUUCUGGCAAAUGGUAGCUGAAUGUUUGUGGCGUGUUUUUAACAAAUUUCUUCUUUGUGCUGCUCAAACAGGAUUUUUUGAAAAACGGCUCCCAAAUAUGGACAGCGGAAGAAACGGCAGCAGGAAGCUCGGCCUGUUUGUCAGCUGCUUCACUGUGUUGACACAAACACUGUACGUGUCACACAGACUGUUUACAUCACUGUCUUUGUGACCUUUGAACGGUUUGGAAACAAAAUGGCGCCUUUCAGCGGAGACACAAAGCCACUCUUCUUCCUUCAGCUCCUUAUUGUGUCUGUCCCAGCAUGCACUGGGUUUCCUGGAGCCGUGUUUGUGAGCCAACCUGAAGCCAGCGUUUUUCUGCACCGCAGUCGGCGGGCGAAUUCAUUUCUGGAGGAGUUGCGGCGAGGAGACCUGGAGCGGGAGUGUCUGGAGGAGAGAUGUUCCUACGAGGAGGCCAGGGAGAUCUUUGCGCUGCCCCAGCAGCUGGAGGUUUUCUGGAGAACCUACACAGCGGUGGAUCACUGCAGACUGUCGCCCUGUAAAAACGGAGCAACGUGUACUCGCCAUGUGGAAACCUACGUCUGCCUUUGUCCACCUGGUUUCCAAGGACGACACUGUGAAAAAGUGCGUUUGAGCUCCUAUGGCUGUCUCCAUAGAAACGGAGGAUGUGAACAUUUCUGCCGAGAGCUUCCGGAUCGUUCUCACCGCUGCUUAUGUCACCCGGACUAUAAGCUGGAUCAUGAGAACAGCACCUGCCUGCCUCGAGUGUCUGUCCCCUGUGGAAGGCCGCUGGUGCACGUCAUUCCCAGGGUUGUUAACGGCUACAUCUGUCCCAAAGGACACUGUCCAUGGCAGGCUCUGCUGUCUGAAAAUCACGUGUAUAAAUGCGGCGCCAUCGUUGUCUCUCCUCAGUGGAUCCUGACGGCGGCUCACUGCGUUUGGCAGAAACCUGCCGCCGUCUUCCACGUCACAGUCGGUGAACACGACCAGAGACAGGUGGAGGGCACGGAGCAGGUGAGGAGAGUCUCCAAAGUCUUGAUCCACUACGGCUACAACCAAACCAAUUAUGACUCGGACCUGGCCCUGCUGAAGCUGUACCGUCCCAUCAAACUGGGAACCUAUGUGGUGCCUAUUUGCCUUCCAGCCCUGAACACGUCCUUCAGCAGGACACUGGCGAGCGUCCGCCUGUACACGGUGAGCGGGUGGGGCCGCCUGGCUCAGUCCGGACCCUCGUCCAAGGUACUGCAGCGUCUGGAGCUGCCGAGGGUCCCGCUGCAGGAGUGCCGCGCACACACCAAGUUCAACAUCACCAGGAACAUGCUGUGCGCUGGGCUGAAGGACGGCGGCCAGGACGCCUGCCAGGGCGACAGCGGCGGGCCUCUGGUCACACGCUACAAGAAGACAUGGUUCCUGAUGGGCGUGGUGAGCUGGGGGAAGGGCUGCGCCAACAAGAACCGGUACGGCGUCUACACCCGAGUCAGCAGCUUCCUGGAGUGGAUCGACCAUAAGAUGUCCAGUACGAGGUCAGAACUGUGAGACCAGAACCAGAACUGGACUGGGUGCUCAGUAUGACACCCGCACCUUACAUUUGACACCAAAUCAGGCUAAUUAAUUCUUUGUGAUUCAGUCUUAAACUACAAGCACCGACUUUAAUCCAGAUUAUGAGUUUGACCGUUCAAGGUCGCCCAAAGUCAAAGGUCGUGUGACCAAUAGAAACGUGCUCUAUGACGUCAUAUUAGAGUUUAAUAGUAACCGUCGGUUUACUCAAAGUAACAGCUGAAAACAGACUUUAAUUCAAAACGAUCAUAUUCAACAUUUAGAAGUUAGACAUUUUUUUAUCCACAGUCCCUUAAUUUUCACAUUAUCUUUUGAAUACAAAUAAUCACUUUUCCAGCCACUGAAAACGGAGAAACUGUGUAAAAAUGUACAUGAACAUGUGGAUUCUUUCAUUUACUUACUCAUUCUUUCAAAUACUUCUGAACCCAACUGUGGAAGCUUUGAGACAAAUUUUGAUCUUGGCCCAUGACCUUUACCCCCUCAGAAAACUAAGUGCAAUCACAUUUGUCAUUCUGCAAGGUGACCAUCAAAAUACUUUGAAUUACAUUGUCUCACACACACGUGCGCGCACACACACACACACACACACACAGGAACUACAAUAGAACAAACACAGUGUUAUAACCAGACCACAGAUAUAACAGUGUUAUAACCGCAGACCGUAGCUAUAAGUGUCAUAACCACAGACCGCAGAUAUAACAGUGUUAUAACCGCAGACCACAGAUAUAACAGUGUUAUAACCGCAGACCAUCGCUAUAACAGUGUUAUAACCGCAGACCACAGAUAUAACAGUGUUAUAACUGCAGACCAUCGCUAUAACAGUGUUAUAACCGCAGACCACAGAUAUAACAGUGUUAUAACUGCAGACCGUAGCUAUAACAGUGUCAUAACCGCAGACCGUAGAUAUAACAGUGUUGUAGCUGCAGACCGCAGAUAUAACAGAGUUAUAAUCACGGACUGUAGACAUAACAGUGUUAUAGCCAUAGACCAUAGUUAUAACAGUGUUAUUAGCAGACUGUAGAUAUAGAAGUGUUAUAACCGCACAGUGUUAUAACUAGGGUCUGCAGUUAUAUAACAGCAGACCCUAGUUAUUGCACUGUUGUAACCACAGACUGUAGUUAUAACAGUGUCAUAACCACAGAUAUAACAGUGUCAUAACCACAGAUAUAACAGUGUCAUAACCGCAGAUAUAACAGUGUCAUAACCGCAGAUAUAACAGUGUCAUAACCGCAGAUAUAACUGUGUCAUAACCACAGACCGCAGAUACAACAGUGUUAUAACAGCAGACCACAGAUAUAACAGUGUUAUAACAGCACGCCAUAGAUAUUACAGUGUUAAAGGCACAGACAGCAGAUAUAACAGUGUUAUAGCUGCAGACUACGGACAAAAUGGUGUUAUAGCCACAGACUACAGAUAUAACAGUGUUAUGACAGCAGAUCAUAGAUAUAACAAUGUUAUAACUGACCAUAGUUAUACCCGUGUUACACCAACAGACCGUAGUUAUAACAGUGUAAUAACCGCAGACUGUAGAUAUAAUAGUGUUAUAAACACAGGUCAUAGAUAUAACAGUGUUAUAACCACAGACUGUAGAUAUAAUAGUGUUAUAAACACAGGUCGUAGAUAUAACAGUGUUAUAACCACAGACUGUAUGUGUUACAGUUGUAUGCAAAAGGUUGGGCACCCCUGGUAAUUUUCAU